AUGGACACAGUGAACGACACCGAAUCACCCUACACAAGCAGCCAUCUCGACGAUAUCGUCAAAGUCGAACAUACAAUGAUGGAUGACACUCAUUUUGGAGACAAGGAAUGGGAUGCCGGCAUGGAAUUAGCUUUACUAAACGCUAUUUCACGCUGCAAACCAGUUGGCAUACACAAACACUUUAGAAUCAUCAGUGUACAGAGACAGUUCAAUCAGAAUAGCCCAGUUGCAUGCUCCAUCAAAGAGAUUUGGCAGCGUUUAGGCGACUUCUACGGCAUGGCUGCAUUAGAUGAAUUAGAAGAAGAGGAUGAAGAGCAAGAGGAGGAGGAGCGCGAGGAAGAGGAAAAGAAGAAGGGAGAUGUCAAGAAUGAGUUUUCGUUGCCUUUGGAUGAUUAUGAGCAAUUGAUAUCGGAACAUCGACAGGAUGACCAGUCGAUAUCUUCCAUUCGAGAAGAGAGCGACGCUACCAGUUCACCGGUUUUACCACCUACCAAACGCACCCGUAUAAGCAAAAGAGAUUCGUCUCCUGCAAACUCAGUUACUGAUUCAAUUACAUCUAAUAACAACACUCCCGAACCCGAAGAAGGCAAACCAUCUCGAAAAUCUUCUCGCUCCAACCCCAAAUCAACACCUGAACCGGCAAGUCGAAGUGGAGGACGCAGAGCAGGCAGAUCAUCCAGCACGGCAUCAAAUGCAUCAACGAAUAACCGAGGCAACAAAAGACAGACCAAAAGAAAAUAA